AUGCCCAAAGCAGAGGUCGGCUCGACAAAGCACCUCUCCAACAAACUCAAGAGCAAGGGCCUCCAGCGCCUCCGGUGGUACUGCCAAGUGUGCGAGAAGCAAUGCCGCGACGCCAACGGCUUCAAGAUGCACACGCAGGCGGAGAGCCACGUGCGGCAGAUGCUCAUCGUCGGCGAGGACCCCAAAAAGUUCAUCAACCAGUUCAGCGACGACUUCCUCCGGGACUUUGUGCAGCUGCUCCGGACGGGCCACGGCGAGAAGCAGGUGCACAUCAACCAGUUCUACCAGGAGUACAUCGCCAACAAGGAGCACAUCCACAUGAACGCGACGCGGUGGCCGUCGCUGACCGAGUUCGCCAAGCACCUGGGCCGCGAGGGCAUCUGCCGGGUCGAGGAGACGGACAAGGGCAUCCACGUGGCGUGGAUCGACAGCUCGCCCGAGGCGCUGAGGCGGCAGGAGGCCCUGCGGCGCAAGGAGGCGCAGGAUCAGGGGGACGAGCAGCUCGAGCGGCGCAUCAUCAAGGAGCAGAUUCGGCGGGCGCAGGCGGGCGCGGGGGUCCGCGUAGGCGAGCAGCGGGACGGGGGCGAGGACCAGGACCGGGACCGCGGGCUCCUGAAGAGGGAGGCUGGGGACAAGGUCACGCUGUCGUUUGGGGCGAAGAAGACGAAGCAGGAGGCCGAGGCCGAGGCCGAGGCUGACUCGACGGCUGACGGCCCGUCGACGGAAGUCGCACCCUCCGCGGACGCAGAUAGCGUGUCGGCCGACCAAGAAGGAAAAGCGCGAGAGAGCAGGACGGAGCCCAGGUCAUCGGGGCUCGGUAGCGUAUCCGUCAAGAUGGGGGCGAGGCCGCAAGCCAAAAACGUCUUUGCCCAAGCCAAAAAGAAUGCCUUGGCAAGCGCGUCCCACAAGGCCAAGAUAAUCCAGCAGCCCAAGAAAAUAAGCGAAGCCGAGAGAAUCAUGCGUCAGGAGAUGGACAAGAAGAGGUCUCGGGAGUCUGCUGGGUUUGGGUUCAGCAUGUCCUCUGGCAAGAAGCAGCGCAGCAGCUGA